CUGCUAUCACCGCCUACUCUGCAUCCGCGGACCCCUCCCGGGUCCGGGCGCUGGUCUAUGAGCACCAUGGGCACCCAACCAAGGUCGUCGAUUCACAUGGCAUCACAGGUGUACAGCUGCAGCCUCAAAGGAGCCAUUGUGACCUUAUCCAGCCCGGGAUCUGUUGAGUGGAGGCAGUGGCGUCCCUCCGAGUUGCGUGGCGCCAUCACCCUCACAGGGGAAGGCCCUGGACGUCCAGGGGAAGCGACUUGAGAGCUAGCCAGGCUGUGUUUGGGCACUCCAUGUGUGCUCCACUGCACAGCCACCAGUUCCUUUGACUGAAGGACCUGGAGCUACCUGCCGUGGGCGGGUCAGACGUCCACGUGAAGAUGCUGGCAGCCCCCAUCAACCCAUCUGAUAUAAAUAUGAUCCAAGGGAAUUACGGCCUCCUUCCCACGCUGCCUGCAGUCGGAGGGAACGAAGGCGUCGGACAGGUGGUGGCAGUGGGCAGUGGCGUGACCGGGGUGAAGCCAGGAGACUGGGUGAUUCCAGCAGCUGCUGGUUUGGGAACCUGGCGGACCGAGGCCGUGUUCAACGAGGAAGCGCUGAUCGCAGUUCCCAGCGACAUCCCUCUUCAGAGCGCAGCCACACUCGGCGUCAACCCCUGCACAGCCUACAGGAUGCUGAUGGACUUCGAGCAGCUGCGGCAAGGAGAUUCUGUCAUCCAGAACGCAUCCAACAGUGGCGUGGGGCAAGCAGUCAUCCAGAUCGCCAGGGCCCUGGGCCUAAGGACCAUCAACGUGGUCCGAGACAGACCUGACAUCCAGACGCUGGCCGACAAACUGAAGAAUCUGGGGGCUGAGCACGUUAUCACAGAAGAGGAGCUGAGAAAACCCGAGAUAAAAAGCCUCUUUAAGGACACGCCUCAGCCUCGACUUGCUCUCAACUGCGUGGGCGGGAAGAGCUCCACAGAGCUGCUGCGGCACCUGGCGCCUGGGGGAACCAUGGUGACCUACGGGGGCAUGGCCAAGCAGCCCGUCAUAGCUUCCGUGAGCCUGCUUAUUUUUAAGGAUCUCAAACUUCGGGGCUUUUGGUUGUCCCAGUGGAAGAAGGACCACAGUCCAGCCCAGUUCAAGGAGCUGAUCCUCACUCUGUGCGACCUCAUCCACCGAGGCCAUCUCACAGCUCCCGCCUGCACCGAGGUCCCCUUGCAGGACCACCAGGGUGCCUUGGAGACCUCGAUGCAGCCCUUCGUGUCUUCAAAACAGAUUCUCACCAUGUGGUAACUCCAGCAGAGCCGGAGCGAAGUGUGAAGGGAAGGGGAUCGAUAGGACUGGUUUGGGCCCGUAGUCUGGGCCCUCAGCCUCCCACGGGCUGCUCCCCUCCUCCCAGUGACUUCCUACCAGGAGAGCUGCAAAGCCAGCCAGGGCCUUCUCCCAGGCCAGCCUCAGGGCACCUAAUAAAGUCUGAACUUCCUAAACACAAACGAAACCCAUAGAAGUCACCCCUUUUGAGAAGGGCCAUUAUUGUCACAGUGCAUCUGCCAUCUCCCAGGACUUAGAUGCUCCUCCUUGCUUAUCCUCCGUUUUUUCCCCCAGUGACCAUUUACUGACACCCUGAAAGCAAAGCCAGGGUGGGCCUGGCAGGUACCAAAGCCAGUAAGACUCAAUCUGUGCCCUCAAGCCACCCAAGCCCACAGAGGAGAAUCUUCUAAAAGGGCAGGUUGAGCCCUGGCCGGUGUGGCCAAGUUGAUUGGUCACUAGCCUGCAAACUGAAAGGUCACUGGUUUGAUUCCCAGUCAGGGAACAUGUCUGGGUCACAGGCCAGGUCCCCAGUUGGGGGCGUGCGAGAGACAAUUGAUGUAUCUCUCUCACACUGAUGUUUCUCUCUCUCUCUUUCUCUACCCCCCUCCCUAAAAGUAAAUAGACAAAAUCUUAAAAAAAAAUAAUGCCCUAUUUCUAAGAAAAAAUAAAUAAAAAUUAAAAAGCAGGUUGACUCAUUCUCAGGUGGUAUGCAGCUCAACGAAGAAUCGUCCAGUCCAAAAUUCAAUAGUGCCUCUGUUGGGAAACCCUUUGUUAAACCAGGAAUCCCAUAAUAGUUUCCAUAGUGAUCAGCGAGCUACAGAAGAGCCGUGUGGGAAGGUCUACAGGUGCCCUCUGGAUAAGAUUUGCCACCUUAAGCAGCUGAGUUCAGGAUCCACUCCAAGUCCCUCAUCGCCCUGUCCCUUAUCCUCAGGAUUAGGGGAACAAGCGAUGUGUAUGGAAGGCUUCUGUGGGCAGUGAAAAAAGCUUGAGAGGUGGUCAGGGGCUGCCCAAAGGCUUUCGGAGCGAGAGUUAAGGUUGGGUUCCUUGGGCAGUCCACACUGUUGGGCUAGAGGGAGUGAGGCGCCUGUGCAGGGAAGGGGCAGACAGGAAGGGGUAAGUUUGAGCGCACCAUGGUUGGAGACCUCUGGGGGCGUUCAGAAUUCCUAAGAACAAUACCCCUGGGGGCCUGGGGGUGACAUUUGGUUGGGCUUUAAUGGGAGAUGAUUGUUUUCUCAGACAGGAAAGGGAUACAAGCAUUACAGAUUAAGAGACCAGAUUAAGCAGAAUUGUAGAGGCAGGGCAUUUAUGUUUGCAUCUUCUGACUUUCCCCCAAUAGCCACUCUCUUCCUAGGAAUUAAAACUGAUGACUUUUAGGUGGGCACAGAGUAGGGCUACAAUAAGCACUUCCCUGCCUCCCUUGCAGCAGAUAAGGUCUGUCCCUUGUCACUGAUGCAAGCAGACUGCAUGUCAGUUUCUUAGGAGCCUCUUUCAAAUAACUGCCAUCUAUUCUGAACUUUUUCUUCCCUUCCACCUACGGCCUGGCUGGGAUGC